AUGGAUAUCACAACAGGAGAUGGCAAUGGUUGGAUUUUCAUAUCAGACAAACGAAAGGGACUACUUCCUGCAUGUGAAGUUGUGGUGCCUCUUGCAGAACAUAGGUUAUGUGUUAGACACUUGUGGAUCAAUUUCAAUAAGUUGUUUCCUGGGAAAGUUUUCAAGGAUCAGGUCUGGGCAAUUGCCAAAGCAACAACCAUGGCCUACUACACCAAAGAGCUGGUUUUGAUGAAGCAAAUGGACCCCAAAGCUUAUGAUUGGUUAACAUAUCCUUUGAGGCCCCCAAAGCAUUGGUCUAGAGCUCACUUUGGCACCACCCUGAAAUGUGAUGUUCUUAAUAAUUUGUGUGAAAGUUUCAAUGCUUUCAUUUUACCUGCUAGAAGCAAGCCUGUGAUUUCAUGCUUUGAAGAUAUUAGGGUCAAGAUGAUGAAGAGGAUUGCAAUCAGAAGAGACAAGAUGAGCAAAGUUGUGGACCCUAUCUGUACCAAGCCUAGAGAACUCCUAGAGAAGAACAAGAUUAAAUCUACAACUGAUUGCAUACCAUAUGGCUCUAGCAGCCCCCAGAUUGAGGUAGAAAGCUUUGGAGGAUCCAAGCAUGUGGUUGACCGGACCAGGAGGACAUGUGCAUGUAGGAGAUGGGACUUCACAGGCAUACCAUGCAAGCAUGUCAUAGCUGCUAUCAACUUCAUGAGACAAACACCAGAAGACUAUGUGGAUCCUUGCUACCUCACCAAGACCUACAUGGCUGUCUACUCUAACAUAGUAAAGCCAGUGAAUGGAAUGGACUUAUGGAUCCCUAGUGGUGAACCCCAAAUCCUCCCACCUCAGUACAAUAGGCAGCUUGGUAGGCCAAGAACCAAAAGGAUUAAAGAUGCAUCUGAAAAUGAGUCUAAGGGUCCAAAGCUUGGCAAGGUUCAAAAGAGUUUGAGGUGUGGCAACUAUGGCAUACUGGGUCACAAUGUGAAGACCUAUCAUAGGCAUAUUUCCCCCAAGGAAAAAGCAGCUAAGAAGAGGAAACUGAACAAAGGAGAAGCAUCAACAACUCAAACUCAAACUCAGAAAAAGAGGGAUUAA